AACUUGUUUGCUCCAACGUUUCCCACACCGCAUUACAAUGGAAUGGCCGGCCGUAGCACAAACACCCCGUAGGUACAUGCAAUAAACAAGUCCUCCCAGGUUGCUGGGAGCCAUCUUUCGUCAAUCCUGUGUCCCGUGUGCGCUGUCAUCUGCUGGUGGUGGUUCCCCAUCCUUGCCCGCCAAUGUCUCACACCCCAGUCUCCCUCCCGCUUCCCACACGGAGUCCUCUUUUUAAACAUCUCCUACCCAUGGCACAUGUCUGCCGAUCACCUCUGACCCGGAAAGGAGUGCGUCUUUUCUUGUGCCUGCUGGCCGGCACCGUAAUGCCAAACCCGCUCUGACUUAUGCUUUCUCUUCUUCCCAACCGUCACUGUCACCGUCGCUUGUGAUUCAGGUGACGCAAGCCAGCAAGCGAAAGAUGAAGAUGAGGAUAUCUACUUUUUGUCAGCUCGCCUUCUUUGGCAUUUCGGUCGAGGGACUGGCCUUUCCAGGUCCCCAGCCAACCGGUGUCAUUGCCGUGGAAGACAGUCUUGGGUGGACGCCGAAACCAACAGAAGCUCCGGCUGUGAACGCGCUGCUGCGACGUCAGAAUGGCAGGCCUUCAAACUACAUCGCCGCUCCCGAUAACACUUGCGGCUAUCUCGACGGCAACAAACGUGACCCAUUGACCUGCCCGGACGAACAGCAAUGUAUCUUCAUCACGGCUUCAGGCAGAUCUCCGGCUGGAGUAGGCUGCUGCGGCAAUGGAGGCUGCAACUUCCACACAGCCUGUCUGGACAGGAAGGACCUCAAGGACUGUGAUGAGGAUUGCCAGGCGGAUCCUCAAAUCCUCAAGUGGCAUGUAGCAUUACGUGAGAUGAUUUCGGCGUUCGGAAAGCAACUGUGCAACACCAUCAGCUAUGAGCUUGGAGCAGUCGACUAUUACUGCAGUAUCUUCAGGCAGAGAAGCAUCGAGGAAGCUGAUACGACUCAUGUGGGCCAGAAGACGAGAACCAUGUCUACCAUCACUCCAACCCGCACUUCAACUCGGCGCACAACCACUGCUGUCAGGAGCAGCAGCAGUUCAUCGCAGUCGUCAGGGUCGAGCUCGUCAUCGGAGACGGAGACGGAAACGUCAGCUACGGAUAGAUCACUCGAGACAGCCUCAUCCAGUGUCGAUACCGCCCCCGCAGCCACUUCGUCCGAUGCUGCCGCUGUGGUCCCGGCCGAGAGUUCUUCGUCCAACGCCGGUGCUAUCGCGGGAGGUGUCAUUGGUGCUAUCGGAGCUAUCGCGCUCAUUGCGUUUGCAUUCAUUUUUUUCCGUCGCCGGAAGAGAGAGCAGGAAGGCCAGACGCAGAUUCCGGAUGGGCCUCCUCAACCCCCCAUGUAUCAGCAGCCAUCUGCGCAACCGCCAUCUCAACCGCAAACUUACCAGCAAUCGGCUCCACCGCCACAACACUCCACAUACGCACACUCCCAAGCUACUACAUAUCAGCAAUCUUCUUACCAGCCAUCGCAAUACGAUCAGCAGCAACCAUCCGCCUACCAACAGCAGCAACCAUCAGCUUAUCAGCAACAGCAACCAUCGGAUUACCAGCAACAACUGCCACCACAGCCUGUCCCGGUCGUGUCGCCCUUCUCAGACCCUCCGCGCCAACACCAAAGCCAGUCCGAAACACCUUCUUUUACCUCGAUUUCUUCAUCGUCUGCAGCAUCCGCCAUCCCGCCGCCACUCAAGCUUUCUUCUGCUACGACAACGCCCUAUCUGCAACAAGCAACCCCGGCUCAGUUUUCUCCUCUCUCUGGUACCACCAUCGCCGCUCUAGCCACCAUCCCCGAUACGCAAAAGUCGGCUCAUCAUAACUACCCCCCGCCUGAGAAAUCGCCAAACUACUACCCAGCUCCGAGCCCCAUGUCGACACCAGCCGCUUCUCCACGGUUCUCUUUUGACGGUAUCCCUCCAGCGCCCCAGCCUCUCCAGCCGUACCGACCGGAGUCUGCUGCCUAUCCGAACCAGCCACAGUAUCAGCCCAGGCAGUACAAGCCCUUCGUUCCCCAAACCAGCGCAACUUACAUGCCCAGCGCCAAUGACACCAUGGACUCGCCGGUGUCCGCUUAUAACGCACUACCAGUGAGCCCCGUCUCAGCAUUGGGAUCCCACCCCAUGGACGACAUACCUGUGGUUUUGGCGACCGCAACGGCAGGGACAAGGAGGCAGCCGAGCGUGAGGAGAGGAAGCGGGGAGAAGGGUGGUGCCGUACCGCUUGUUUUGCAACCUGGUCUGGGAGCGCAAAGAUUUGCCCCUGGCACUGUGAAGCAGGUUACAGUCCAGAGGGGUAUGUCUAGACGUGGUCAGAAUCCAAAGUCGCCUUCGCCAGUGCAGCAACAAGAGGGACAGCAGCCAACCCAGAGCCCGGUCGUGUUGCCGGCUCAGCCAAAUCAGCCCCAAGCACCAAUAGGGGCGGAGGACAAGAAUCAGCAGGAAAAGCAACCCCAGGUUAACGAUCAAGAGGUCCCGAAACCAGAUCAGGAGGUGACACAGGAGAAAGAGCCACAAUAA